AGUGAGUGUGUCAGAAUCUUAGCGGCGCUCCGUGGCGAGAUAGCUGUUUGUUUGACCUGGAGUUUUUGUCUCUGAGCUGGUUGAGUUCUCAGGGUCUAUCUGUGGGUGACAGACAGGAUGAUCCUUCUACUCCUCUCCCUGCUCCUGACUUGGACUCCAGUGAUCGGGGCACAGCCGGACAUCCAUAUGCCCUUCAUGGAGCACCUUGACGUGGACAACAAUGUCAUCCUGAAGUGGGGGUUCAGCGAGGUCCAGGGCACCAUCACGUUCCAGCUGACCUUCAAGACCACUGGCUGGGUGGGAUUCGGGUUCAGCCCAAAUGGAGACAUGGCUGGAGCAGAUAUCGUUAUUGGAGGGGUCGGACCAAAAGCCAACUACUUCAAGGUAUCUAAACCAUUAACCUGUAAUCGUUACAAUUAGACAAGUAUCAGUGGUAAUGUAGUACUUAUUGUAGAAGUAGGUCUAUAUAUGAUCCUGCGUCCUAGCUUUUAGUUAGAGGUAGUUAUAUUGUAGGUCUUAGGAAUAGGCUACUGUGACAGUGUAGUGGUUUUCAACACCUCAAACAUUUGGCAAACUACAUGUGAAUGUGUUGCACCUGGUCAAGUUUUAGAGAAGAGCUGAACUCUAUAUAACAUUUUUAAGUAUAACUAGAAAAGGUUUUAUGGUUGUGGUCAGUAUACAAGCACACUAUUCCAGAUCGGUUUGCAUGUUAGUUUAAAUGGGGUUUCUAGCUGAAACAGUUGACGACUAGUAAGAAGGCUGCUUUUAUGUAGGCUGCUCAAUUAUGAUAUUUUUUCACUAAUCGGUCAUGUGACUGAUCAGAACUUCUGAAGAAGAUCUGGGAAAAUCUGAUUGGAAAAUAUUUUUAAAUUGGGCUUCCUUUGUAAAGAAAGCUGUAGUGACCAGAAUUCCCCACAUCCAUGUCCCUGGCACGCACUGGGAGUCAUGCAAAUAUGGUUGUAGUGUGACCAGUAUUAGUGUCAGUUUCUUCAAGCAACCUGACCAGUGGCAGUCUGGACUUUCUGGUGUUGAUAGCUUAUGGUUCUGGUGCUACAGGUGGUGGCAGCAGCAUAAUAGUGAUGAUGAACAGUUUCUAAAGUUGUGCUUUCACCAAGCACACCUAAUAAAACCAGUCUAGUAGGCUCUAGAAAUACUCCAGAUAACAUCAGUAUUUUUGUUGUAUUUCCUUCAGGAUUAUCAUGCCACAAGCAACGGAUUUCCCUUGGUGGAUGAGAAACAGGACUACACCCUCCUGUCCCUGACCGAGGCAGACGGUCAAACCACCAUGACCUUCUGGAGGGCCAUCCAGUCAUGUGACAAGGAUGACUUCCGCAUUACCGUGAGUUAAGUUGGUGAAACCCUGAGCUAGACCAUCUGUCAUUUAUAUCCACUUACUAGUUAUUUUAUUGAGUAGUUCACCACAAACUGCAUAAACAUGGAGGCUUUUGUAACCCUACGUGGUUCUCGGAGAUGAACAAACGUAGCAUUUAAAAAGGCAUUAUUAAAGACUAUGGAGUCAUAACGUCAAUGACAACAUUAUGUUGGAUAUGGUUCCCCAACUGGUGGCCCGCAGGGUGAAUUUGGACCGCGGCUGGUUUUAUUUGGCCUCCGACGUUAUCAGAGGGAACAAUUUUCAUUGUUGGACAUAAGACUGUAAACACUGGGAAAUCCGCUGCAAGUGACUUUAAUUUAAUAAAUCUGUUCAAGUAUUCCCACGGCGUAGACUCAUGUGAUCGUAUACAAAUGUAAGCAAGGCUUGAAACGGCCGCCGAUCAUCCGCUCAAGAGAGAAAUCGGCCCUUGAAUCUUGUUGAUGGCUGAUAUAGGCCCUACUUAGUGCCUACUAGGACUUUUCUAAACGCAGUCCUUAACCUGUUUUUUUUUCUUCUGUUCUCUUGUAUGUUUUGUUCGAUCCCCAUCAUAGGACGGUCCAUUGAAGCUGAUCUAUGCCUACGGGAAAACGGAUGACAUCGGCUACCAUGGCAAAAGUAGGGGGACCAAGGAGGUGAACCUCCUCAACAUGCCUAGCUUCAGCAUCUCUGGCACCAGUCCCCCACGCGCAAUAGAAAAGUGUCAAUAAUCUGUAUUCAUGAUAUAUGAAAAUGUCAAUAAAUUUAAGGAAUAAUUCACUCAACUACUCCUUCCUAUGCGUAAAAUGUUAUGUCUUACCAUGUUUGAACGCUUGGUGAUGAAAUGUUUCAUCUUGGACUGGAAGCAAAAUGUGAAAAUCCAAUGACUUUACUCUGAACAGAAAUAUGUAACAAUUUCAAAGAUUUUGCUGA